AUGGCGCUCCAAGACUUGAUAUUUGGUGUCAUAGGCGCUCACGUGGCCUUGGCAGUCACUCUGACUCCUUUUCUUAUACUAUUCAUUCGUUCAAUCUACCGCGUCUACUUUCAUCCGCUUGCACAUAUUCCCGGGCCCAUAUUGUCCAAGUUGACAUCUCUCUGGCUCCACUAUCAUGCUUACAUCGGUGAUGAAGCAAGCGUCAUUCACAAGCUUCACCAACAAUACGGUCCAUACGUCCGAGUUUCACCCAAUGAGGUUGACCUGAGUGACGCCGAUGGCAUACCCGCAAUAUACGUAUCGAAAGGGGGUUUCCCGAAAGCAAAAUGCUACGCAAACUUUGACAUUGAUGGCCACAAAACUAUCUUUUCCACUACCAAUCAGGAUUAUAGGGCUCACAGGGCGAAAGCAGUACUGCCACUCUUUUCAACCAAGUCUUUGCGUGAGAAUGAACAGGCUAUAUGGGGAUGUGUAAACUGUAUGGUGGACCGACUGAAGGAAGAAGCAAAGACAAAGAGACCUGUCAAUGUGCUCAAUCUCACACGAAGCUUGGCGGUCGAUGCGGUAUCUACCCACCUAUUUCGAGAAAACUAUGACGGCGUUAGCGAAAAAGGGCCGGUUUUGAGUGUCAGCGCAUUUGUGGAUGCGUUUGUGGCAGUAGGCCGCUUCUUUUACCUUCCAAACAUUGCAUUUGUUUGGCUAGAAUGGGCUGUUGAAAAAUGGGCGCCUGAUCGCGAGACAGACGAUAGCAUGUCACUGGUCGACAAGUUUGUUGCUACACUGGUUGGGAAUACGACCUCGAAAUCAACGACAUACCCGGGACGUUUGCUGGCAAUAGGGCUGAGCGAUUCAGAAGUCAGAGCGCAGUGCAAAGAUCUCAUCUUCGCUGGGACAGAUUCUACAGGCAUGAAUCUAGCUACGAUAAUGCGCAGCCUUGUGCUGCAUCCCGAAAAGUAUCAAAGACUAAAGGAGGAGUUUACCAAGAAUGCCGCCCUGGGACCCGAUGCGCAGGACGCUCAGGCACUUCCUUAUCUCAACGCUGUCGUCAAAGAAGGUCUUCGGCUUAGCAUGGCAAACCCUACGCGCCUACCUCACGUCGUACCGGCUGGCGGUUGGACAUUCAAGGGAACCUACUUCCCCGCUGGCUCACUCAUUGGUUGUUCGGCAUACGAACUGCACUUCAAUCCUGAAGUCUUUCCCCAGCCCCAAGAGUUCAUUCCAGAAAGAUGGUUGAACACCACUGAAGACAUGUCAAAAUACUGGUUUGCUUUUGGUGCGGGAAGUCGAGCGUGUAUCGCUAGAAACUUGGCUACCAUGGAGUUACAGUUUGCGACCGAGAGAUUGGCCAAGACUGGGGUCUUGGAUGGAGCAAGAGCAGUUCAAAAGGAGGUGGAGAUUUAUGAGUGGUUCAAUUCGAAAGUCAAGGGUGGUAAGAUUGAGCUUGUGUGGGAGUAA